UCAGAGACCGAUUCCGUUUAUGUCACAGUUCCUCGCCCGCCACCGAGAAGCCCUGCCACCCUGCUGCCCAGCCGCCCGGCCAGCCUGCCGCCCUGCCAGCGACUGUGAUGCGUUUCAUUUCUCCGGUUGCUGCUGGCAUUGUGUUGAAAACAGCCCUCUGAAUCAAUUUGUGAUGAUCUAAUGGCAGACCAAAGAAUGGACAUCUCCUCCACAAUGAAUGAUUUCAUGUCCCCAAGCUCCACAGACCUCAUCAGCAGCUCUGUGGGCACACCGGGCAUGGACUACACCCGCAAGAGGAAGGGAAGUGCCACUGAGUACCAGAUUGAUGGGUUUUCAUUUGAUGACAGUAUGGACACAGAAAAGGAUAAACAACUUGGGAGAGACGACCAGCAUGGACGGAUUAAAAAUGCCAGGGAAGCCCACAGUCAGAUUGAAAAAAGGCGUAGGGAUAAGAUGAACAGUUUUAUAGAUGAAUUGGCUUCUUUAAUUCCUACAUGCAACGCCAUGUCUCGCAAGCUGGAUAAGCUGACGGUGCUCCGGAUGGCUGUGCAACAUAUGAAGACGUUGCGAGGUGCUACUAACCCAUACACAGAAGCAAACUAUAAACCAGCAUUCUUAUCAGAUGAUGAACUAAAGCAUUUGAUAUUAAGGGCUGCUGAUGGCUUUCUUUUUGUUGUUGGGUGUGACCGGGGCAAGAUUCUCUUUGUCUCAGAGUCUGUUUAUAAAAUUCUCAACUAUAGUCAGAACGACCUGAUUGGCCAGAGUCUGUUUGACUACCUGCAUCCGAAGGAUAUUGCUAAAGUGAAGGAACAGCUGUCUUCUUCUGAUACAGCACCACGAGAACGACUCAUUGAUGCCAAAACUGGUCUGCCUGUGAAGACUGAUAUCACUCCUGGACCCUCCAGGCUGUGUUCAGGCGCUCGGCGUUCAUUCUUCUGCAGAAUGAAGUGCAACCGGCAACCGUCCGUCAAGAUGGAGGACAAAGACUUUUCCUCCACCUGCUCCAAGAAGAAAGCAGACCGCAAGAGCUUCUGCACCAUUCACAGCACUGGCUACUUGAAGAGCUGGCCGCCCACCAAGAUGGGCCUGGAUGAGGAAAAUGAACCUGACAACGAGGGCUGUAACCUUAGCUGCCUGGUGGCCAUUGGCCGCCUGCACCCUCACAUCGUCCCCCAGCCUAUGAACGGAGAUAUCCGCGUCAAACCUACCGAGUAUGUCUCUCGCCACACCAUUGAUGGCAAAUUUGUCUUUGUGGACCAGAGGGCAACAGCCAUUUUAGCAUAUUUACCUCAGGAGCUGCUGGGAACGUCGUUCUAUGAGUAUUUCCAUCAGGACGACAUCGGCCAUCUGGCCGAGUGCCACAGACAAGUUCUUCAGACUAAAGAGAAGAUCAGCACAAACUGUUACAAAUUUAAGAUUAAAGACGGUUCCUUCAUCACUUUACGAAGCCGCUGGUUCAGCUUCAUGAACCCCUGGACCAAAGAAGUGGAAUACAUCGUCUCCACCAACACAGUGGUCUCGGGCAGCGUACUGGAAGGAGCCGACCCCAGCUAUCAGUCCGCUGCCUCCCCUCAGAGCAUGGACAGUGUGCUCACUUCUGAAAAUGGUGGAGGGAAGCGGCCUCUCCAGACUGUCCCAGGCAUCCCGGGUGGGACACGGGCCGGGGCUGGGAAGAUCGGCCGCAUGAUUGCUGAGGAGGUGAUGGAGAUUCAGAGGAUUCGUGGAUCCUCUCCCUCUAGCUGUGGUUCCAGCCCCCUCAACAUCACCAGCACUCCCCCUCCUGACACCUACUCUCCAGGGGGCAAGAAAAUUCAAAAUGGAGGCACCCCUGACUUGCCCUCCAAUGGAAUUGUGUCUGGUCCGGACUCCAUAGGAUACCCGUACUCCAACAACUCCAUAAUGAGUGACAACUCCCACUUGAGCAUUGACAUCAUGGAUGAGCCUGGCUCCAGCAGUCCCAGCAACGACGAGGCAGCCAUGGCUGUCAUCAUGAGCCUUUUGGAGGCUGAUGCUGGCCUGGGUGGGCCUGUGGAUUUCAGUGACCUGCCCUGGCCCUUGUGAGAACAGCUCAGCAGUCUGAUCCUCAUCCAGUAACUGCAGUUGUACCGACUGGAUCUAAAAUCUAGCCCAAACAACCUAAAAAAAAUAUAUAAAAAAAAGCUGUGUGUGUGUACAGUGAACAAGACACUACGGCUCCUGUGCAGUGGAGUACAGAACAAUGGUGCUACUGAUAUAGGACAUCACACUCACUCACUCGCUCACCACACGCACACAUCCAAGCUAUCUUCUUCUUAUGGAGUUUUAUCCAUCAUUCAGAUCUCUCUGUAUCUCACCGUUUUGUAUCAUCACUAUGGUACCCAUCCUCAUACAGAAAGAUUAUAUAUAUAUAUAUAUAUAUAAUUAAUUUAAUGUUUUGUGGUUUGAUGUUUUUACACUACAAAUGAUAUGUUUUAAAUAUUGUAUAUGCAGAUUGUAACAAAUACUGUAAUUCUAUUAAGUAUGAAUAUUAUGCAAAGUAUAUUGUAACAGCAGUGAAUAUUUUUAAAAAUAAAAAUAAAUAAAA